AUGAAGAUCCUUUUACUUACCCUUGUUGUUUUCACUGGUAAGGAAACUUACAAAGAUUUACUUGUUUGGUUAAGAAAUGACCUACAGGCUUUCCUGUGGAGAGAACAUGCACAAGUUUACAUGUUUAAUUUUCUAAUUUUGUGUUUAUUCAACAGGCUGUCAUGCCAACCUCCUCCAGGCUGAUAACCCAAAGCCACAGCUCGAAGUGUUGACAGAUGCAAUCUUUGAGAGUAUGGGGAUAGUCUUCAAGACAGUAGAUGACGCCAAAGAGAAAUUCAAGAAGACAAAUUUUGGACAUUUUGUACAGUAGGUUUCAAAACCCUAUGGGAAUAAUGUUUGUCAUAGAUGGAGGUGAUCAACAUGUAAUCCUCCUCCUAACAAACACAGUCUUUUCUAACACUAACUUGUUUUUCCUCUUUAGUGAACGUUUUGAUGAGGGUGCCAAGGAUGCCAUCGAGUUUCUCAUGAAAGUUGAUAAAAUUGACCCCCCCCCUGAGGUCAGGGACAUGAUGCUGACAGCCUCCAAAGUGACGAGUGAGACAUUUCGCUAUUUGGAUCAACAGUUGACGACUCUAAUCCGCAGAAUCAAUUCCGAGCCUGUUUCUGAGAAGGCGGCCCCUGUGAUAGAGAUUGUUGCAAGUGAGCUGACUACGAGAGCACAGCAGUUGAGAGAAAUGGCCGCUCCCCAAAUUGACAAGCUGAUAGACAAAGUGGAUCCCCUGGCCAAGGAAGUCCAGGCUCAUCUUUAUACAUUUUAUGAGACAUUAGUCAAACUAAACAUCAUCUAA